AUGUCGUUCUGGAAGCCAGGAACUGUUGCUCCAGGUAAUAAUGUUGAUAGAGACGCAGAAAACGGCGCUGAAGAUUUCGUUCUAGCUCCUGUCGACAAACAAUAUCGACAUCUGACAAUAAAACAACAAAGAGAGCGGCUUCCAGUUUUUAAAGUAAGAAAGGAACUUUUGUAUUUAGUCGAGACAUACCAAACAGUGAUAGUGGUGGGUCAGACAGGUUCUGGCAAAACUACACAGAUCCCUCAGUACCUUAAUGAGUCUGGUUGGGCGGGUAACGGCAAACAGAUAGCUUGUACACAGCCUCGAAGAAUUGCUGCAACAUCCGUAGCUCAAAGAGUAGCAGAAGAAAUGAAUUGUAGCCUGGGUGCGGAUGUUGGUUAUUUGAUUCGAUUUGAUGACCAAACGAGCGAUAAGACAAGAAUAAAGUAUAUGACUGAUGGUAUGUUAUUUCGGGAGGCAAUGAUAGAUCCCCUCCUGGCGAACUACAGCAUUAUAAUGAUUGAUGAAGCACACGAAAGAAGUUUGUAUACAGAUAUACUUAUCGGCAUUGUCAAAAAGAUACAGAAGAAGCGGCCUAACCUGAAAAUCAUUAUAUCGUCAGCAACAAUGGAUGCAGAGCAGUUUUAUCGCUUUUUUAACACAAAUUCAACAAACGACCCUUCAAAAGACACAGCUAAAAUCAUAUCCUUGGAAGGAAGAAUGUUCCCUAUCGACAUUUUGUAUUUAAACGAACCUGUUAUUGAUUAUGUCGAAAAGUGUAUUCAAACCGUAUUCGAUAUCCAUGUUAAAGAGAGAACUGGAGAUAUAUUAGUGUUUAUGACUGGUAGAGAGGAAAUUGAUAAUGUUGUAGCCGAGAUUUACGAGCGAGGGAAAACAUUACCGGAAAAUAGUUUGGCUAUCAUGCCUCUUCCGCUUUAUGCUGGCCUUACAGUGGAAGAGCAGAUGCAAGUCUUUGAACCUACACCGAAAUACACACGAAAAGUGAUUGUAUCCACCAAUAUAGCAGAAGCAUCGGUUACUCUCGAAAAUGUCGUAUAUAUAAUAGAUCCUGGCUUUGUCAAGGUAGGAUAUUACGAUCAUAAAUUAGAAUAUUAUGGACCUAACGAUAUUAUAAUCUCAAGAGCGGGUAGAGCAGGUCGUAUCAAACCAGGAAAAGCCUUUAGAUUGUAUACUGAAGAGACGUACAAUUCUUUGAGAGAUACCAGUAUACCGGAGAUCCAGAGGAGCAAUUUAGCACCUAUUAUAUUGCAACUGAAGGCUUUGGGUAUUGACAAUGUACUUCGAUUUGAUUUCAUCACUCCGCCACCUGCUGAACUUAUGAUAAGAGCAUUAGAAUUACUUUAUUCGUUAAAGGCUUUGGACAAGGUUGGACGAUUAACUAUACCCUUAGGCAUGCAACUUGCUGAAUUCCCCGUUGAUCCCAUGCUGGCCAAAAUUCUCUUAGCCUCGAAAGACUUUAAGUGCAGUCAUGAAAUUGUCACUAUUGCAGCUAUGAUGUCUGUUCAAAAUGUAUUUAUCACACCACCAAACAUACCUAAAGAUAUAAUUCAAGAAGCUCGGCGUAAAUUUUGGGUAGAAGAAGGGGAUACGCUUUCUUUGAUCAACGUCUAUAAUGCAUUCAUAAACAAGGGCAAUAAAUCCGGGAAAUGGUGUCACGACAGGUUCCUAAACUUCAAAGCAUUGUCAAGAGCAAUGGCGAUCCGAUUGCAAUUGAUCAAAUACUUGAAACGAUUUGAUAUACCUUUGGUGAGCGCGACUUCCAAAUACCCAAAUACAGCAGAGGGCCGACUUGCAGCAAGUGCAGACGUCAGAAAGUGCAUUGCUAGUGGCUAUUUUUCACAAGCAGCGAUCGCUGAACCGGAUGGAAGUGGACGGUUUAGAACGAUACGUGACGGAGUACUUUUGAGUAUCCAUCCUAAUUCAGUUCUCUUCAACCGUAAACCGAAAUGUGUCGUAUUUAAAGAAGUAGUGGAAACGACCCAAGCAUAUAUGCGCGACCUAACCUUAAUUGAGCCAGAUUGGUUAGCUGAAUUGGCACCUCAUUUUUAUGAAUACAAAUCCACUGUUAAAUAA